AAAGCAUAAUCUUGCCGAGAUUAGAAUUCGCUAGAUUGGCCUUUAAGGUGUGUUAAACGAAGACCUUCAAUCUAACACCCAAGCCUAAGUAACAGAGAAGUCAACUAGAACACGCAGAGACAUUUUGAAAGGUAAGAAGAAUAACUGAUAAUAAAGAAUGAAUUUCUUUCGAAUAUGACAUAUUUUGAAGGGUUAAUUUACUACCUUCCACAAGAAAAAAUUCAGCCCUUAAGGCAGUAGAUACAAGGUUUUAGCAACCCUGUUUUUGAGCGAAAGAACGAAAGACCACCUUCUUAGUUCCAAUGUCUAGUAAACAUCCGCUGCGAAGUUUAUUUAACUGCUUAAAUUUAUCUUUAAACACCAUUAAUGAGCUGAUUAUAUAGAGAGAUACAACUUACAUUUCAGCAAUGGGAAAUUUAGAAUUGCGCUUCCCUUUCAAAAGUCUUAGCGCACGCCGUGGUGACCAAAUCGAUGUUGCCUAAUACUUUAUAUCUGAUUCGCAGUUUAUUUAGCCGAUUUAAUUUGCGUUAUCAUCGGGCUAAUAGGUUGUAGAACAAAAGUAAAAGAGUCAAAAAAAAAAAAAAAAGAGCAAAGAAACUGGCCUGGCACUUGCGAGUAUUUACAUUAAACACAAAAUUGUUGAAUAUUUGCUUCGCUCGAUUGUUUCGUUUAAACAAAGUUAUUGAGCCGUACAUCCCUUCUUGGCUUGCAUCUGAAAUAAAUGUGAACUUCAUUUAGCUUUUGUUUCCACACCUUGCAUAAAACACAUUGUAAGGCGAAAAGAAAGAAAAAACUGCUUUUUCAUGUUCAAAAUUAACAUUCAAUCAUCACGACUUUUUUGAAAAAACUGCUAUUUUAGUUUCGUUAAAGCGAUACUGACCAAAACUAACGAAAUAUUAAACCCAACAGCUCACAUAGAAAUCUUUUAAGAUUGUCAGCGUGGUUUAAUUCAUCCCGACACAAUUUUAACACCUUUGUCAAAAACUGAGAUAUCCACAAAUACUUAGCUUUUUACACAUUUAUUUAUUUAUUUAUUUUUUUUUUUUGGCAAAAAAGUGAUCAUUAAUAUUAACGUUAUAGUUCAGGAAAAGACGGUGCCGCCGGUUACAUUUCCGGCAAUUAAUAUUAGAAACAGUUACUGUUAUAAAUUGUAAUUUUUCCAAUGGUCAGGAAAUGUGCCAAACGAAUAGUCAGGAGCUAGCCUAACUAACGAAGUCAGAGUUCUGUUCAUGAGUGUUUUAAAGAGCGGAAGCUUUUCUGACUGACAUUAAUAACUUACAGUUCUAGUGUUUAGAAUACGAUAAUUUAUAUUUCGACUGCUUUAACUGUAUAGAGCUGAUUAAGGCUGUGGUUCCGAAAAUCCUUGUAGUUAAAAAGUGAAUACAAAAAAAGGAAAAGAAAAAGGCACUUUUAAAAUAUAGUUUAUCAAGGCAAAAUUCAACCAAAGUUUCCACUUUUUCAAAAAUUUGAUUUAGGUUGAGGAGUUUAUUUGAGGAUCUGAGAUAUAACUCCAAUAUUAUUGAAAUUUGUUAAUCCACGAAUAAAAAUUAAAAGAAAUUAAUACAGCGUAAGUUCUGAGGAUGUAACAAAGAAUACAGCGGCGAAACCCAAAUACUUCGUCGAAUGCUACCAGCGGCGUUACAGACAGUUUGAAAUUUUGUGAAAUUGAAAAAUAACAUUUGAAAAAUAUACUGACGACCGUUAAGUCUGCCAGUUCAAGGGAUGUUAGCUGGUAAAAAAAUAAUAAUAAAGCAGACACAAUUGUCAUCGGAUUAUGUUACAUAGCAACAAAAUUAAGACAGAAGUGAUAACAACAGCUGACAUAAAGCGAGGCAGUUUAUUUCUUCUAGGUUAAGUCACCACGAGUUAUUCAGGUGUUCAGAGACAUGUACUGCCAUAACACGAGAAUUUGUAUUACGAUCGAGAUUCACCAGUGUCGUAUAUUUUUAGAAAGCAUUUUUUUUUUGUAACUGAGUUGAAUUUUAUCUUCCUUGGUGAGUGAGCUAAAAGUUAACAAAUCCAUUGACUGCUCGAUUCUUAAUUCACAGUUGUCUUUAUUGUUAUUAUAAUUAAUCCCUUUGGGUUUGUUUAAAGAAAAUGACUUCCUAUCCGCAUAUUAACGAAUUAUGUGCAAUUUUAAAAUCAUGUAUUAAAUUUUCAUCACCUGCCAAGAUCUCUUCGCAGUUUUUUCUUCAAAUAACGUAUUUUCUGCAUAUGCGACAAUAAAUAAAUAAAUAGAUGAAUGAAUAAUGGUAAGUAAAUAAAUAAAUGAAAGACUAAAACUGAAAACAGAAAGAAAUGUAGGAGCAGUAUCUAGAAUGAAUUAAAAAGCAAUUGCUCUUUAAAUGAUAAAUAAUGAAUAUAUUUUAAUGACUUCCACCUGGUUUAGGCAAUGUUUUAAUUCAAACGCUAUGGUAACCAUGCUGUAUCUAAUAACGCACAAGUUAGAACUGGGUUCUAACUUUUAAGUCUGUAAGUAAAUAAGGUUAAGGUGGCUUGAUAGGGUUUUUCAGGGUCAAUACCUCCCAAAUUUGAGCAUAAACUACGUCGCCAUUAACAAAGGCUAGGAAAAACUACCACCACAGCUGCAUUAGAUAGAGAUCACAAUUUGUUAUGAUCAGGGUGGCAUUGACAUCAGAGUUGUCAUAGCAACGAAAUGACGCCAUUGCUUAUUUCGCUCUCAGCCAUAUUUCUCGGCAUUGGGAACUGUUCUUCCAAAAUCGUUCACAGGAGCUCUUUCUCCAAUAGCCGCCAUUGUGUUUGUGAAGUUUAAGCGAAAUCUGUUAGAGCGUUAUCGGGAUAUUUUGGGAUGAAGGUAUUUGGUUGGAAAUAAGGAGAAAAGUGGACAAUCUUUAUGUUCAGCCGUUAUCUGUAGAAAGCGAAGGGCGCUUUUGAAAUGCAAUUUCACCUCAUAGUAGUUUCAACCUUUUUAAAACAUGUGUGAAAGAUCUUUAUCCAAUACAGCUGUGGUGGUAAAUUUUCCACAUCUUUGUCAAUGGCGACAUAGUUUAUGCUCAAACUUGGGAGGUAUUGACCUUGAAAAACCUUAUGGAGCUACCUUAACUGAACUUUGCUUUUCUGUGGUACUCCUUAGUUUUCGGUACCAGGUGGUAUUCUUGGUUUGCAACCACGUGACAUGGCGGCCAUGUUCGUGGUCAAUACAAUAAAGUUCCCAGCGCAGAGAGAUGCUAUUGGUCUUCACUACCAACAUGGCCGCUGUGACGUCACGUGAAAACCAGCAAUAAUUUGGAGUCUGUGAAAGUAUUUAUUACUGAUUUGGGACUAUUGUUUGUGUUUCAGCUCAAGUCAAAGCAAGAAUGCAGUACGGAGACUCUUCUGUGUAUUUUCCGUUCACAUUCACUCAACAAGAUAUUGAUAACGUGCUUUACGGAUAUAUUCGUACUCCAGAAAAGUCCACUAAUGGUUUUGCACUCUCUGGCAUUUAUGUUGCAUUGGCAAAUGGUAAGUUUGAAAACUUGGUAUUUACCGUAGUUUCCCAAAUGAGCGCCAACGCCCUAACAGGCGUCCUACUCCAAAUAAACGCCCUCCUUGUAAGCCAUAUUAUGUAUUAGAUCAUAUACCCAUGUAUUUUGCGCUAUAUAAAUAAUAAAGUUAUGUUUUUAUGUGAUGUUAUGUUAUUAUUCAUUCAAAAUAUUUCGCUAUUUCUGACUGGCUAAAAUCCCACGCAUAAUUCAUCAUAACCAGCUAUUCACGUCGACCAAAUUUGGAAAAAAUUUGCGAUAUUUAACUGAUCACGUCAAUCGUGCAGCACAAUUGACAGAUUAUUGAACCGUUAACCGAGAAAACCUGGGGACGAGUUUGAGUUGUUUUGGUAGAGAGUACAAAAUGGCGGAACAUUUUACUCGUUUCAUAGCCAACUAUUGUCUAAAAAUAUAGCAAGAACAGCAAUAAGACAACUCGACGGACGACAUCUGCUAUAUGGAGUAUAUUCGCAGACCUGGACAGCCCUUUAUCUCCUAAACUUCCAGAUAAACAUGCACUAUCGAGAUGAACUUAACAUCGACGGAGGUAAGCAUGUUUCGGCUUGUUUUUAAACUAGGAAUUCUUUUGAAUGAAUAAUAAAACAAUUAUUGAAUUCGGCUGUCGUAUCAUUUAAAGAAUUAUGGAGAUCUCGGAGGGUGGUAUCUGCUUCGAUCUCCAUAAUUCUUCAGAUGAUACUCAGCCUCAUCAGGAGCUCCUGGCCUCAUUCAAUAAUUGCUAAAUAUCAAACAAGCGCCCCUCUCGAGUAAGCGCCCUCCUUAGGGAUAUAGUUUGCUUUUGCUUACAGCAAAAGUUGAAUUACUUAAGAAAGACAUUUCUUAAAGCAUCCCUCGAGAGCUUCGCUUUUGACCUUGGCUAAAUCUAUAUAUUAAAGUAGAAAUAAAAACAUACGAAAAAAACUACUUAAAGAAGCUGUUUCACGAAAUUUAUCACUGAAACUUCAAACACUGGAAACUAUCAUCAAAUCGAGUAAAACAUAAAAACUACCGCUCAAAACGUUAUUUAGAAUAGGGAAUAAAUAACACAGAAAAUACAAAAAAAGUACGGAUGGGCAAACUUUGAAGAAGCCAGAUUAAAACGGAUUCCAAUUGUGGUUAUUGAAAACUUGUUAGGCUAACAGUUUUUGUAAAGCAUGUUUGUAAAGUAUGAUACAAUGCUUGGGAGACACAUUUGUCUGCAGCGAAGCUGUGAUUUUGUCAUUUUACAGCUAGUUUCCAGUGGAGGAUCUAGGGAAGGGGCCCGGGGGGCCCUUAUUUUUAGACCAAACUGAAGCCCAAAGGGCCGAAAAAAAAUUUUGCAGACUGGGUCCCCCCCCCCUUAUUUCAGGGUCUGGAUGACCGCCCCCCCUCCCCCCUUAUCUCAAGGUCUGGAUCCUGCACUGUUUUCUUCAUUGACGUUGAGUUCCAUAGCGAAUAAGGAGCCAGAAAACAGGCUGCCUAUAAUGCUAUGAGGUGGCUGUGUUAAUUGCCCGGUAUUUCUAUUAUUUAUUUAGAACAUUGGAAUCCAUGGCUUCCUAAUAUUUCUAAAGCAAAUCACGAACACAGUCCCGGUCACCCAAUACCGUACAUGGACAUGAUUCAGGAAGAGCGGAACGUGCAAAACUUACCAGAAAAUCUCAAGAUCGUCGAGACGAUCCUGCCUACUGGGAGACAUCGAGGGGUGUUUUGCGGUCAGCGGAGAAUAGCAAAAGGAACUCGAUAUGGGCCUUACACUGGAAACAUUGUUCUACCACAGCAAAUGGGCCCUCAUGAAAACAACAGCGUAUGGGAGGUACGUAAUUAUGGGAGAUCUAAAGGAGGGGGCUUCCACCUUAUUUUUGGACUAAAGUGAGACCCACAGGGCAACCCCUUAUCCUAAGGACUAGAUGAUCGAGCGGGGGCCCUAUUUACUAAAGGAUCUUCAUCCGACCUUAAUCCAUUUUAACACAGAGCAGGAGUCCCUUUAGUAAUUAUCGUGAGGCGAGGGGUCAUUUUAAUGUCCUCUGCAUUUACAUCGAAACACAGCGAGGUUGAUCAAACAGAACACGGCCUAACUCCUUAAAACGAUUUCGAAGUGUCUAAGUAUUGGGUGAUAUGCCAUCUCACACGAUCAAAAACUCAAAAGCAGAAGUUCCGAAAAAUUUUACGCCAGUAAGAGUCCGGUUGACAUUCACACUUCCUUCAUAGAAGAAAGUCAUUCAAGAAGCCAUUUUCUCACUCUCUUUUUCUUGAUUGCCAUUAACCCCUUCUAAGUGUGAGAAUGCUUAUUUAUUUAUUUAUUUAUUUAUUUAUUUAUUUAUUUAUUUAUUUAUGUAUUUUACUAAGAGUUCUAUUUAAUCAACUAAGUUAGUUUUACUGUCCGUCUUAUCGUUAUGUUAAAGGUAUUCCAGGAUGGAGAACUGACUCACUACGUUGAUGGAGCAGGAGACCAGAGAAACUGGAUGAAAUACGUCAACUGCGCAAGACAUGACGGAGAGCAGAACCUGGUUCUAGUUCAAGAGGAUGGAGAAGUGUUUUAUGAAGUGUGCAAAGAAGUGCCAGAGGGAUGCGAGUUAUUGGUUUGGUACGGAGAUACCUAUCUCAAGUAUAUGGGAAUUCCAAUCACUAUGAAGACUAAACUGUCCAAGAUAGAAAACGAUGGAGGUCUUGGUAAGUACAGCUGUUGUUCCGUACGAAAAUCGAACCCCCUCAACCCCCACGUGAACUGGACACGGGCUCCACCCAUAACCGCUGAGCCGUGUAUCAUUACCAUAAUCAAAAGAGAAAAACUUUCAAUUUCGCUCACAGACGGCAGAGGAAUAACGUGUGUGCUGUCAUCUUGUCGCGCUAUCGGGUGUGCAAAUCAUUCGUGGUAAAUGCUUUUCAUUAAAAAAAAAAAUCGUUUUGCUGAAUUAAGUCCUUCGUCUCAAUGUGGAUUACACAACCUUUUACGCAUAAACUUUCUUUCAGUAUCAAGACAAAACCAAAGAGGAAAAAAUAGAGUGGCCGUAGAAAGUGACGCGUACGGCUUUGAGCGCACGCUAGCUUUCGCCACCAUUCACCCAUGGGUCAAAUAGUAAAUGGGUAAUUGACCAAUCAGAGCGCGCGCUUUACUUUUGUUAUGUUAUAAUGAAAUAUUGAACAUGUGACAAUGUACGUUAUAUUUCCAAUACAGGUGGAGACAGCUUUGCUUGUGACCGUUGUGGCAAAGUGUUUGCUUAUAAGUACUACCGAGAUAAGCAUUUGAAAUAUACGCGGUGCGUGGACCAGGGCGACCGAAAGUACCCGUGCCACCUAUGCAACCGUUCCUUUGAGAAGCGAGAUCGUCUGCGCAUUCAUAUUCUGCACGUGCACGAGAAACACAGACCUCAUCAAUGCAGUCAAUGUGGCAAGCGGUUUUCUCAGUCGUCGAGUUUAAACAAACAUUUGCGAGUGCACAGUGGCGAGAGGCCUUACAAGUGUCCCUACUGCAUCAAAGCCUUCACGGCGUCAUCGAUUCUACGCACUCACAUUCGACAACACAGCGGCGAAAAACCAUUUAAAUGUCGCCAUUGUGGAAAAGCUUUCGCAUCUCACGCCGCGCAUGAUAGUCACGUGCGACGCACUCAUACUAAAGAGAAGCCCUGUAUUUGUGAGUUCUGCGGCAAAGCGUUUGCACAAUCCUACGAGCUCAAAUUUCACAUGAACAUGCAUACGGGAGAGAAGCCUUACACUUGCGAAAAGUGUGGCCGAGGUUUUUCAAGUCCUUCAUCCCGCGAUCGCCAUCGAUCGAACUUCGAUUGUACGACUCGGAAAAAUCGAGCACCGAAGAUAAUGCGAAAGGGUUCCGAAGGCAAUGAAGGAGAAUUCAACGAGAUGGACUGUGAUAUCAUCCCUACAGAAGAGGAAGAAGAACUUAAAUUAUAA